AUGGCUACAGAAAAUAGAAAAAAGCUCAAAUGCGAUGGUCUUACAUACAAUAAAACACCAGCUCCUACUACAAUACAGGUAAAUAUUCCUACUGGAAAUUCUUUUCAUUCUCUCAGUGACAUAGAUACGGAAACUUCACAAGAAUCUAUAUACUAUAUUACUCAAAGAAAAAAACAAAAACAGACGUCCCAAGAAAACCUGACCACAUCGUAUUGGUCAAGAAACUCAAAUAGUCUUCCAGAUUUCAGUCGAAUAAUUACUAGUGAUAAUUUGCAAGUAUUAAAAUUGGAAUUGAUGAGAUUACAAACAGAACUCAACAUAGCUAACAAUGAAAUUAAAAACUUAAACGCAAUAAAUACAGAACUAAAUAAGAAAAAUCAGGAGCAAGAGAAAAUUAUAGAAUUAUACAAAACUAUAAAUGUAGACGAAUUAAAUCCUAGUAAAGUUCUAACUAACCCAUGUAUGUCAACCCCGCUCGGUAAUCAGUCUGAAAAAGUUAAGAGGUAUCCUUCUUACAAAAAAGAAUUUCCAUUGCCAGAAGACGGUAAUAAAAAACACAUUGCUACAAUACCCAUACAUGCGAAUAAAAGGGAUUUCACCUCGAGAAACAACAUAAUCGAUACUUCAAAGCCUAUAAAUUAUACAGAGAAGCACAUAUUUAACACUAAGCCCAACAUAUGUAUAAUAAGCGGUAUAAGUAACCACAAGCAAUCUUCAAUAAAAAGAGAUAAAAUGAUGGAGCAGAGUGCCGCAUACAGUCACUAUCGCACACCAGGUGGCGACAUAGACCAACUGUCACGUGGGUUGCAGGAGAAGCUAGCUAACUUCACUCUUAACGAUUUUUGCAUACUUAUGAUAGGAGACACUGAUUUUAAAGUUUCCAAAAAUUAUAAAAAUAUUGUAUAUAUCUUAAAGCAACGCAUCCUGGCUGUACAACACACAAACAUUAUUAUUUGUUUACCGACUCCGAAUGGCUUAAACGAAUUAAUUAAUAAACGUUAA